CGAUAUUUUUAUUUUUGGGGGGAAUAUGAACAGAGAAGAGAGGAUAGGCUCAUUACAUUCAAAACAAAAAUAUAUGGGAAUUUCCCAUAAGUAAUUUAAGUAAUUGAAGUAAUUGAGCGCGAGAGCCAAAUGAAUCGAAAGAUUCGUGUUUGGUUCGGGAAGGGAUCAUGGAAGUUUUUAAAUGAAUGGAAAGAUAAUCUACUUUCAUUAAGUGAUUUAUUAGAUAAUCGAAAACAGAGGAUCUUGAAUACUAUUCGAAAUUCAGAAGAACUACGUGAGGGGGCCAUUGAACAACUCGAAAAAGCCCGGGCCCGCUUACGGAAAGUGGAAAUGGAAGCAGAUCAGUAUCGAGUGAAUGGAUACUCUGAGAUAGAACGAGAAAAAUUGAAUUUGAUUAAUUCAACUUAUAAUACUUUGGAACAAUUAGAAAAUUACAAAAAUGAAACCAUUCAUUUUGAACAACAAAGAGCGAUUAAUCAAGUCCGACAACGGGUUUUGCAACAAGCCUUACAAGGAGCUCUAGGAACUAUCAAUAGUUGUUUGAACAAGGAAUUACAUUUACGUACUAUCAGUGCUAAUAUUGGCAUGUUUGGGUCGAUGAAAGAAAUAAGAAAUAACUGAUUAGUCCUUACUACUGUAGGCAUUAUUUUUUUUUUUCUUUCCAAAAAAGAAUUAAGAAAUAUUCAUGGUAACCAUCCGAGCCGACGAAAUUAGUAAUAUUAUCCGUGAACGCAUUGAACAAUAUAAUAGAGAAGUAAAGAUUGUAAAUACUGGUACCGUACUUCAAGUAGGCGAUGGCAUUGCUCGUAUUCAUGGUCUUGAUGAAGUAAUGGCAGGUGAAUUAGUAGAAUUUGAAGAAGGUACAAUAGGCAUUGCUUUGAAUUUGGAAUCAAAUAAUGUUGGUGUUGUAUUAAUGGGUGACGGUUUGAUGAUACAAGAGGGAAGUUCUGUAAAAGCAACAGGAAGAAUUGCUCAGAUACCUGUGAGUGAGGCUUAUUUGGGUCGUGUUAUAAAUGCCCUAGCGAAACCUAUUGAUGGUAGAGGUGAAAUUUCAGCUUCUGAAUCUCGGUUAAUUGAAUCUCCCGCUCCAGGUAUUAUUUCGAGACGUUCCGUAUAUGAGCCUCUUCAAACAGGGCUUAUUGCUAUUGAUUCGAUGAUCCCUAUAGGGCGUGGUCAACGAGAAUUAAUUAUUGGGGAUAGACAGACCGGUAAAACAGCAGUAGCCACAGAUACUAUUCUCAAUCAACAAGGGCAAAAUGUAAUAUGUGUUUAUGUAGCUAUUGGUCAAAAAGCAUCCUCUGUAGCUCAGGUAGUGACUACUUUCCAGGAAAGGGGAGCGAUGGAAUACACUAUUGUGGUAGCUGAAACGGCGGACUCGCCUGCUACAUUACAAUACCUUGCCCCUUAUACAGGAGCAGCUCUGGCUGAAUAUUUUAUGUACCGUAAACGACACACUUUAAUUAUUUAUGAUGAUCCCUCCAAACAAGCACAAGCUUAUCGUCAAAUGUCUCUUCUAUUACGAAGACCACCUGGUCGCGAAGCUUAUCCAGGAGAUGUUUUUUAUUUGCACUCACGCCUUUUGGAAAGAGCCGCUAAAUCAAGUUCUUCUUUAGGUGAAGGAAGUAUGACUGCUUUACCAAUAGUUGAGACCCAAUCGGGAGAUGUUUCGGCUUAUAUUCCCACGAAUGUAAUUUCCAUUACAGAUGGACAAAUAUUCUUAUCCGCCGAUUUAUUCAAUGCUGGAAUCAGGCCUGCUAUUAAUGUGGGUAUUUCCGUCUCCAGAGUAGGAUCCGCGGCUCAAAUUAAAGCCAUGAAACAAGUAGCUGGCAAAUCAAAAUUGGAACUGGCGCAAUUCGCAGAAUUAGAAGCCUUUGCACAAUUCUCUUCUGAUCUUGAUAAAGCUACUCAGAAUCAAUUGGCAAGAGGUCAACGAUUACGUGAAUUGCUCAAACAAUCCCAAGCAGCCCCUCUUACGGUGGAAGAACAGAUAAUGACUAUUUAUACUGGAACAAAUGGUUAUCUUGAUUCAUUAGAAAUUGGACAGGUAAGGAAAUUUCUUGCUGAGUUACGUAAUUACUUAAAAACGAAUAAACCUCAGUUCCAAGAAAUCAUAUCUUCUACCAAGACAUUCACCGAGGAAGCAGAAACCCUUUUGAAAGAAACUAUUCAGGAACAGAUGGAACGCUUUCUACUUCAGGAACAAGCAUAAAGAAAUUGAUCACUCUUAAUUCUUAGUCUAAUUAAUGAAUUUAAUAAUAAAUAAAAAAAAUGAAUAUUUAAUAAUAAAAAGGUAAUCCUUUAUAUUAAAUAUUAAGAAAAUAAAAUAAAUAAUAAAUAAAAGCGUCUCUGAUUUAAAUCAUUCCAAAUUUCUUUACUGAUAAAAGAAUAGAAUAUAUGGAAAUAAGUUGCGUCCAAUAGGAUUUGAACCUAUACCAAAGGUUUAGAAGACCUCUGUCCUAUCCAUUAGACAAUGGACGCUUUUCAUUCCGAUUUUUUUUUCUUUUCGCAUUUUUGCUUUCCUAUCUCUUGUUCGGAAAAAAAGAAUCGGAUUGUGUGUGAGAGAAUUUCGGGAAUUGCAUAUUCAAUUCAAUGAUGCAUUAAUUUCAUUUUCAUUCUAAAUAAUAUAGAGUAUAAUAUUGAGCGGGUAGCGGGAAUCGAACCCGCAUCGUUAGCUUGGAAGGCUAGGGGUUAUAGUCGACGUCGAUUCAUUUUAUUUUUAACGUCUCUAAUUCAAAACCGAACAUGAAACUUUGGUUUCAUUCGGCUCCUUUAUGGAGGAUGGAUAAAUUUCCAGAUUUAAGACAUGAAUGAAAUAAAAAAAAAAUUCGAUCCAUAACAUCUAUGUCAGCUUUUCUGCCUGAAUGCAUUCAAAACGAUUGGCUUUCUAGAUGAUCCCUCUAGAACAGGGUGAUUAUAAGAAUCUUUCUAGUUACUUCGUUCUCUAUUUCUAUUUGAGAGAAUCCUGAGGAAAAGCAUUUUGUUUCCACCGAGCUAAAACAAUAUUUCGAUGUCUCUAGUAAACCAAAGACAUCCUUUACUAGCUAGUUUGCUUCAAUCGCCCCUCUACAAAUACAAACAAACUUAGAAUUGAAGAUUUAGUUACGAUUAGAAAUACACUUUUCUAUCUUCAUCCAUGGAUCCUUUACUCACACUCAUUCAAUUGGAAGUAUUGAUCCAAUUCAUAAAAAUUAUGUUUCGUAAUUUCAUAAUCCAAUUUCCAAAUUUCAUACAAGUCACGAGAAUGUGUAUUCUUCCUCAAAUCCAUCAUUGAGAGGUAAAGGAUUAAAUCCUUUUAAGAUAAGAAAUAAAGUUUUUCGUCGGAAUUUGAAUCAAAUCAAACCGAAGGAACCCUUAACUAUUAGGGGGGUUAAUAGAACGAAUCACACUUUUACCACUAAACUAUACCCGCUACAAUGUGAUUAUUGUAUAUAAAUUGACCUUUUGUCGAACAAAGGAAUCGGACACGAUCAAGAUAGAAUCAGAAAAGAAUCAUGAAAAUUAGAGUUUUGUUGGGGACUUAAUGAGAUUAGGAAAAGAGGUCUCAUUUAAAUAACUAAAUAACAAGUUCUAUUUUUUGCUGGAGGAUUUUUAGUUUUUACAGAUACGUCUCGACAAAACCACUUAAGUCAUAACAUAAAAACGCAUUGUGCAAGAAUCCAUAGUUCCCUUUUUUUUUUUAACUUCCCCAUUCUUUUCUUUGCUUGAAAGAAAAGAAAGGAUUUUCUCAAAAAAGAGAGAGUUUGAAUCUUUUUUUUAAGGUAUUCCCUUAUGUCUAUGUCGAAUUUUUUUAUAAAAUUCGGGAAAACUGAAUCGAAUAAAAAAUAAAAUCACAGUCUUUUUUGUGGACUCAAGCGUUCAAAUAAAGUUUUUUUCUUGAAUAACUAAAUUCAUUAUAAUUAUAAAAAGGAAUUUAAUAAAUAAUUUUUAAAAUUAUUAAAUAAUAGGUCUUUUUUUCUUGUUUUUAGUCCAGCAAAGUAAAUGUAAAUAGUAAAGAAAAAAACAAGAAAAAAAGAAUUAUAAAAUAAUAAGAAGAACUCACAUUUUGAUUCUAUUUUGACUCUAUAUCAUAGGAAUGGAAAUAGUUCUUCUUAUUAUUGUUGUUGCUUUAAUAACAAGCAUUUUUGUUUUCAAAUCAGAUAAAUUUUUUUCUAUCUAUGAUUCAUUGGAACAAAAAAGGGCCUGGAUAGGUCAGUACCUAUCCGGGCCGUGGGAAUAAAAUAAAAAGGCCCUUUUGAACAAACUCAAAGAAAGAUUCUUUUUUUUUCUAUAUUUCUAUUGGAAAUAUAUUUUUCGAGCCCUUACUUUAUGGAAUUGGAAUUGCUGAUAAAAGUUGUAUAUAUCUAUAUAAUAAAAAGAGAUAAAAAAAUAAUAAAGAAAGAUAAAGAAAGACUUUUUCAAUCUUUACUUUAUGUAUGGGAGAGAUGGCUGAGUGGACUAAAGCGGCGGAUUGCUAAUCCGUUGUACGAGUUAUUCGUACCGAGGGUUCGAAUCCCUCUCUUUCCGUUUCCAUUGAUGAAUUGAUAUUUUAUUUAUCUUUCGAAUUUCUCGAACCCUUUUUCUUUUUUCAUAGUUAAAGGUGUGGAAUAGAUAAAAUCCGAAGAAAAUUUGAAAAUCAAGUAAGGAAAAUGCCUUUAUUUUUUAUUCUUCAUUCUUCACGCCCAGGAUUACGUCCCGGAUCAUUAGAUAGGAAUCCGAAGAUGAAGAGAGAAACAAAGAAUAUCACUACUGUGUAAACGAAGAGUUUGAGAGUAAGCAUUACACAAUCUCCAAGAUCAUUUUUUGGGAAAAAGAGAAUAGAUUUUCCAUUUUUAUACCACAUAUCCUAUUUUGACUCCUAUUUUGACACCAAGACAUGAGAAGUAGUUUCUAGAAAUGGAAAAGCAUUUUCAAAAAAUCAUUUGUAAUUAAGAGUCUUUCAUUGCCAAAAUUUUCUUUCAUACCCACAAUUAGAUAUUGUGGGGGACCCUAAUUAAUAGUGCCUUUCACUGGAAAAAGGAAAGGGUUAGAAUGAGGUGAUACAGAUUUAUUGCGACUAUCCGAUACUUUGACUUUCAAUGUUUUAAUUGAGGGUUCAUAAUCUAAGAUUUUUCUAAUCUUAUCAAUUGUUAGAAUUUUUUUUCUCGAAGAAAUCAUGAAUUUUUCUAGGGCAGUAUUAAAUAUUUCAUCGAAAACUUACAGCGGCUUGCCAAACAAAGGCUAAGAGAAAAAAGAACAGAGGUAUGACUGGCAUAACAUCUACGAUUGGAUUCAAAAAAGCAUAGGCUUCGGGCAAUUUGGCGAAGAAAAAAUUACUCGAAUAAAGGGCAGAAUUAAGACAGAUACAGAUCAAACUAAAGAUAUUAAGCAUAACAAACAUUUUGUUCUUGGAGAUAAUUGAAUUUUGAUUGAGUUAUUGAUAUGGUAUUGAUAUAAGGGAAAAAAGAAUAAAGUAGGGUAGACCAAAAAAUCCUUCUUUUUCUUUUAACUCACCCAAUCAAGAAUACUUCAAGUCUCAAAAGAGAAUAGAAGAAAUCAUACUUUCAUAAAUAUCUUAAUUGAAUUAUAUGUAAUGAUCAAUAAAUUCAGUUUAAUUCUAUGUCUAUACGUGUCAAAAUCCUAGCAACAAUCUAAUCUAUUCCAUAAAUAUUUGGACUGGAAUUGACGAACGACUAAUAACAAUAUUAGUGUUUAUUAGUGUCGACUAGAAAUCUAAAUGGGGCGUGGCCAAGUGGUAAGGCAACGGGUUUUGGUCCCGCUAUUCGGAGGUUCGAAUCCUUCCGUCCCAGAGCAUACCAAUUAUAUCAGAAUAAAGAUUGCUUUAAAAGUCGGAGGGGCCUUUGAUUCUAUGCCUAUCCCCUUCAUAUUGAAGGUUAGUUACUUAGAAAAACCUUACGUCUCAUAUCCAUUUGCAUUCUCAAUGAUGCAUUCUAGAUCGAAAUCCGAAAGAAAAGCCUCUAUAUUCCCUAUCUAUUAUUCCCUAUCCCUUAAAUGAGGUAGCCUAAUUAUUAAUUCUCUGUGGAUUGUUUUAUUAAAAAAUAAACAAGAGGGUUUUCUUGGUACUAAUGGAAUUCAAUUAAUGGGAUUAAAUCUCUUAAGGCUAGGUUAGGGGAAACUAAAAUAAAAAUAGGAACAAAGACUCGUUUGGCUUUGUACCUAGACAAGAUAGUCUAGCAUCCCGUAAAAGAGGAUCUUUUUUUUUAUUUAUGAUUCAUCAUCCCAUAUUAUUUGUGAAAUAGAUCAGUAAAUAGAUCAGUAGUGGAAGGUAUCAAUUUCAAUAUCGGUGUCUGUACAAAUCUCAUUAACAAACAAUCAAGUUACAUAUGUAACAAAUCCAUUUUCUUUGAACCUCAGUUUUAGGUAUUUCGUCUUUGGCUCUAAUGAAUUAUUGUAAAUCUAUUAUUGUAAAUCUAUGUAACAAUUCAGACGGGGCAAUUCAUACAUUCUAUUUACUUUUUACUUUAUGGAAAGAUUCUUAUGGAAAAAUUACAGAAAGAUUACUGAACCUCAAGUCAAACAAAAUAUAACAAAAUACCUAAAAAAUGAGGAAGGAAAUUUUUAGAUGUAUGUAUUUGUUAUCGUUCUAUUUCAGCGACAAUGAGGUUUCGAUUUUCGUGAAAAAGAUUUAUGAUCUUUAAAAUUUUUUAAAUUAAAAUAUUUCACAUAGAAUAUCCAUAAUUACUUCCAGUAACAAUUGUUCAGUCUAAGAUACAGAAAUCUCCUAUUCUUUCGGUUCUUAUUUUAUCAAUCAUAUGAAAGAAUAACGAUCUAAAUCUUCUUCACGAAAAAAAACGAAGAGAAAUUGGAUUUUUUUUUGAUCUAUCUAUUUGCUUUAAAUCAUUGUUGGUUCAGUUCAAAACGAAACAUGGAUUUAUCUCUCUUAUUUAUAAGGAUCAAAUGCGGUUUUUUUUAUUGUUUGUAAAACUUUAUUCAACUCAAAUAAUGAUGUAAUGAUGUCGAAGUAGUCAAUUUUUUCAAUUAAAUAUUUGUAAUGAUUUAUUAUUAGAUUAGUCUUUCGUACUUGAAGAAAGUAUUAGAUUGAUGAAUCUAUCCUAUUGUGUCACUUGAAGAUGCAGAUUCAAAAAUAACUCAUUUAUUUUAUAUUUGUAUCCUUUUAUUUUUAUAUAAAUUUGAUUUUUAUAAAAAUUUUUAUAAAUAUAUAAAUAUAAAUGUCUAUUAUAUUAUGUAUUAUAAAAUAUAUAAUAAUAUUAUAUUUUAUCAUAUCUAUAAUUAUUUUAGAAUAUUUAUAAUAAUAUAUAUAUAAUUAUAGAUAUUCUAUUAUUAUUAUACUAUUUAUAUAUUAUAGAUAUAUUAUAGAUAAAUUAUAGAUAUUAGAAUAUCUAAUUUUAUAUUUAUAUGUAAUUUUAUAGGUAUAAAAGAUAUAAAAAUAUAAAUCAUUUUAUAGAUAUAUAAUUUAUCUAGAUUAUAGAUAUAAGAAAAUCUAAUAAAAAAUGUUGCAUUCAUACAAUAAAAUACGGGAUUAAGUUGAAUUCUUGAUGAGACAUCUUCAGAAAAAUAUCUACACAUCCAUAAAAAAAAAAGAAACAAGUAUAGAUUACUAUGUACCGACUAAAACAAUGACUAUUCAUGGUUCCAUAAUUGAAUCAAUUACAUACCGGCUCCAAACUAGAGGAAUGUUAUGGUAAAACUUCGUUUGAAACGAUGUGGUAGAAAGCAACGUGCGACUUGAAGGACAUGAUCAGUUGUGGAUUUUUACACCCACCAUUUUUUUAUAUUCAAAUUUUAUUAUAUAGUUAUAUAGGAAUGAAGGUGCUCUUGGCUCGACAUCGUUUGUUCUGCUCCACUAGAAGAACCCCUCUUUUCUUUUUUUGUUGGGUUGUAAUGUAAAUAGUACAUGAUGGAGCUCGAGUAGAAAGUAUUGAUUCAUUUCUCGGGGGCAAGGAUCUAGGGUUAGUGCCAAUCAAGAAGUUGGAAAUACUUUGUAAGUAUAUCUUCGAUAUAGACGAAAGGAUACAAUUCAAGCAAGUUUAAAAUCCAAAAAGAAAAUUUGUUUGAAUUUGUAGAACACUUUCAAUCAAAAGUGUAUCGUGCGGGAAUCAACCGUUCGUAUGAUUCUUUGAUAAAAAUAAAUCACAAAAAAAAGGUAUGUUGCUGCCAUUUUGAAAGGAUUAAGGAUCAUCGAAGUAAUGUCUAAACCCAAUGAUUUAAAACAGAAAUAAAGGAUCCCGGAACAAGGAAACGCCGUUUUCAAUUGUCUCAAAAACUAGGAUUAGGAUCAGAAUGACGAAUACAAUAGAUUUUAAACGAGACAAACAAAAAGGGGGUUAGAGACCGCUCAAUAAAUGAAAUGCCUAAGGGUUGUCCUUUGAGCUAUUUGAGAGUUAUCCAACUUGAGUUAUGAGUACGAAUGAUUUUAUAUUUUUUGGGGAAAGAAGAACAAAAAAAAGGACUUAAAUUAAAUCAUAGUCUAAUGAAUUUGAUGAUUUUAUAGAUCUAUUUGCCAUUGGAAUUCUAUACAUCGACAUAACUUUGAAUCAUUUUUUCUCGAGCCGUACGAGGAGAAAACUUCUUAUACGUUUCUAGGGGGGGGGGGUAUUGUUCACCUACAUCUAUCCCAAUGAGCCGUCUAUCGAAUCGUUGCAAUUGAUGCUCGAUCCCGAAGAGAAGGAAGAGAUCUUCGGAAAGUGGGUUUUUUAUGAUCCGAUAAAGAAUCAAACUUAUUCAAAUGUUCCUGCUAUUCUAUAUUUCCUUGAAAAAGGAGCUCAACCUACAGGAACUGUUCAUGAUAUUUCAAAGAAAGCGGAGGUUUUUACGGAACUUCGUCUUAAUCAAACGAAAUUCAAAUUCAAUCAAUGAAAUACAAAAAACGAGGGGGGGAUGACUCGUAUAUAGCUUUGUAUAACUUUCUCUACUACUGCCCCUUAAUCUAUCUUAUUGAUAUAAGAUGGAUAGAAAAAAGAUCAAGUGAAUAGAUGAAGGAAUUAUAUCUAGAAAUAUAAAAUUCUGACAUUACCUUCAAUCAGGCGGUUUUUCUUAGAACUCUACUAACAAACACGGGAUCAAGUUUGCUUAUUAUACAUUCUCUUUAUAUUGAUUGAAUAGAUGAUUGAAUAGACCCGCGAUUUUUUCCUACUUUUUCCUUAUUUAUUUCGCCAUCUACACCUUUUUUGUAUCUAUGUAGAUUAUCUAUAUAGUGCCAAUCCAACACAAGUCCUUAUUUUUUUUUAUUUGAAUUUAAAUUCAGAUUUAUUAAAUUUGAAUUUUUUUUGUUUUCUACAUUGUAUUCUUUUCUCAACAUUCAUUCAUAUUGACAACUGUGUAGAAAACAACUAUAAUUUGAUCGUAGAUAAAUGAAUCUUUUUUUCUCCAUUCCAUAGGUUUGGUUUUUACUUUACCUCAUUCAAAUGAUGGUUUCGUUGUAUUCGCUGUGCCAUAAGCAGUUUUUUCAAUCAAAAAAAUGGAUAAGAUAAGAGUUGGUCUAUAAAUUUUUACAUUUAUCUAUCUAAUAACUAAGAAUUUCUUGUAUUUUCAUCUGAGCUGUUCAUUUUUAUCUUCAGAAUCGAUUAGAAAAUGUGUGUUUUUUUUUUAUUUUAUUUAUUUUAUUGUUAGUUCAAUGUUUUGAUUGCGUCGUGUAACCCAAUCUCUUUACUUUCAUUUGUUUUGAUUCCGGUUGUAUCUACAUACCCUAAUUAUUUUAAUUGAAUUUUAUCUUAUUCGGGUUGCUAACUCAAUGGUAGAGUACUCGGCUUUUAAGUGCGGCUAGAAUCUUUUACACAUUUGGAUGAAGGAACGGAUUCGUCCAUACCAUUGGUAUAGUUUGUAAGACCGCGACUGAUCCCUGAAAGGGAAUGAAUGGAAAAAACAGCAUGUCGUAUCAAUUAUCAAUGGAGAAUUCUGAGAAUAUAUCAUUGUUAGCAGAUCGGCACAAAACCUUGUUUGAAUUGUUAGAGCAGAACAAAAUGAAUUCAAAGUUGGGUUGAGUGAAUAAAUGGAUAGAGCCUUAAUGGCUCCAAUUAAAUUAUAGGGAAACAAAAAAA